AUGCUCUCAGCUAUGAUGGCUACUCUUGCUGAGUACUUCGACUCUCCCAUAGUAUUACAGACCACCUCUCAAGGUACCACUCUAGUAUUCCAGGUAUCUAGUGCAGUCACUUGGCUGCUCAGGAUCCUUAUCCCUAUCAUCGUCACAGCUCUCUAUCUAAAGAUUAUUCCGCCAACAGCAUCGUCGCGGUGCAGUUCCAGGGCGUCCCCGGUGGUCCGAGGUGUCGACCCACGAGGCAACAUCAGUCGUGGUAGAGGUGGUCAGAGGUCGGCCCACGAGCGAACAGUGCAAGACCAACGACCUUGUGGGGGACGUGUCCAUGAGGAGGAUGUGCUCAGGAGUGCGGAGGCAAAAGGCACCGAGAGUUCUCCACAAGUUGCGGCGGUAACUCACGCCUGUCACAUCCCUCAAAAAGGGCAAGAGGUGGACGAAGUGAAGUCGCUGAAAUCACCCACCGAGGGUGUUGCUGAUACUGCACAUCGGCUCCCACCUGGUUUCGGCUCUGUGAAGGAAGUUGGACAGGCUGAAGGUGUUUCUCUAAAAAACGAGGACGCACGUAAAGCGUUGGAAACAGCCAUUGAGAGUUUCCCCAGCCAGGCAUCCACUGUCUGCCAGGAGGUUUUGCAGUCCCUUACGCUGCAAGGGGUCAUCAUCGAACCACAAACUUACGAAGCGAUGAUCAGAGCGGCUGAAGUAUCUGGUGACACGGAGCUCGCUGGGGUCCUAUUUAGUGGUGUCAGCGUAAUGGCUGGUGAUGAUAGGAAGGGCAGUUUGGAUGAGAAGGCCUCGUUGGCGGGACGGGACGCGCCGGCUCCAGCGGAGUCGCCGCCUGGGCUCUCGACAGCAGCUGCAAGUACUGCUAAUCCAGCGACGCCUUUGACGAUAGUGCCUCAAGAGGAGGCCAAACACCCUGAGCCCAUGCGACUCAAUGCCAAGGCACCCGAGUUUAUACCGUCGACGGGAGGCCAUGGGACAGCUCCAACGACUAGGUUCUUGGACUCAUUGAUGGACCAUCGACGAGCAGUAGCGGCUGCUAGAUAUUAUCAGAACCAGGUUAUGACUGCAAGAUACAUGGGAGGGCUUGCCGCGAUGGCCAAGGCUCAGAUGCAAGCAGUACAACUGGCACAGGCCCAGGGAGCUCAACUUUCCCAGUAUCACCCCAACGCUCCAAGUAUGCCUACAAUGAAGGAGGACAAGCUGUUGGAGUGGAGUGCUGCUAGGGCUGAGGAGCAGGCUCAGGUCCAAAUGCGUGUUAAGAGAAUACUCGAUGAGAAUAAUAGUGACGCUAAGGAGGAUCCUUCUAAGAAGGGCAGCACGCCUGAUGAGAAGCAACCUCAGUUGAGGGUGGAUGUGGAUGACUUGAAGAAAGCUAGUCCAGAGAGGAAGAGAGAGCUGCUGGGAUUGUAUACUUCAGGAGAGCGUUUCCUUUACAAUGCCUUCUUCCUCGUCGAUUUCGAGGGAUCCCCUACCAGUGCGAUGAGGCAGGCAGCAGGAGCUUUCGGAGUGGAUGAGUAA